AUGAAACCAAAUGGCUGGAUUUUCCUUUUUUUGAGUACCAGAGAAUGUGUAAUAUUGCAAUUCGAUAAUGGAGUAUACAUGAAUCAAGGAUUUGUACUCAAUGAGCAGAAAGUGUUGAAAGUGAUUGGAAAUCAUCAAAUUGGUGCUAUUUCAUAUAAUGAAGAACAAUCCAUAGAAGUAGUAGAAGAAGGAAUCGUGGAUUUGGAUCAUGGAAGUCGAUUUGAAGGAUUGGUAUUGACAGAAAACAAUUUUGGAAUUCCAUUUGGAUAUGGUGAAAUGUAUGAUGAUGAUGGAAUAUUGGUGUACAAGGGCAUAAUGAUCAAUUGGAAACGAUUUGGAUAUGGAACGAGUUAUCAUAAUAAUGAAGUGAUUGAAUAUGAAGGAUAUUGGUGUGAUGAUAAGCGAUUUGGAAGUGGGAAAAUGUAUAAUCGUAAAGGAAUGAAAAUAAAGGAUUGUUACUGGUAUAAUGGAAUUGAAAGUGAUAAUGAUACUAUGUAUUACAGAGGAAAGGGUUCAGAACCACUGAAUAUUGGAAUAAAACAUUUGAAACUGUUUGGCUUUUGUGCAUUGGUUGAUUGGGAUGUUUCAUUGUUGUAUAAUUUGGAAUCAAUCGAAAUCAGCAAUAGAUGUUUUAGAUCAGUGCAAACAUUCAGAAUCGAUGGAUUGAAUCGAUUGAAAACUAUCAAAAUCGGAAACUAUUCAUUUACUCAAAAGAGGGAUUUCUUUGGUAAGAAUCGAUCGAAAUCAUUCCACAUAUUGAAUUGUAAAUCAUUAGAAUCUAUUCAAAUUGGUAACAAUAGUUUCAGUGAUUUUGCUGGAGACUUUGAAUUGAAGAAUCUACCACAAUUACAAUCCAUUCAAAUUGGUAAUACUGAAUUGGAUUCUUACAAUUUUCACUCAUCAUCAUUUCAAAUUAAAGGUAUUGUUCCAUUUUUAUUACGAUAA